GAAGUUUCUCGGCUCCAAGCUCAGGCAUUUAUUGCAGCUCUCAGCCAGGAGCAGCAGGGAAAGUCACACACCAAGUGCCGGGGAGCAAGAGGGGAGAGAGAAGCCUUUUCAUCUUGGGAUAUUUUAUUAUUUAUUUUUCCCCCCCUCUUUCUUGUGCUGAGAAGUUUUCUUUUCCUCUCCCUGGUCUCUGGGAUCACAGCCAGACAGGAAGCGUUUUCUCACGGCCAGCGAGCUCCCUCCGUCCUUCCUGCGGCUCCCAGUGAUUCAGCCCUGAAUUGAUUUUCUCCGUCAUCCUUCACCUGGUGCUGGGAAGGAGAGGACCAUCCCCGCAGCGCCCACCCGCAGCCGCACACCCGCGUCCCGCCCGGGGUGGAUGCUCCCCAGGGAAGUUCACAGCCAGGAGCAGCCGCACAGAGGCUGAGGCUCUGUGGGAGAACCCCCGAGACACGCUCGGACCCCUCCAAAGGAAGCCAUGGCCGACAGCCAGAUGCCUUUCUCCUGCCAUUACCCCGGCAGGCGCAGUGUCCGCGACCCUUUCCGGGAGCCCGGCCUGACCUCACGCCUGCUGGACGACGACUUCGGCAUGUCACCCUUCCCGGGGGACCUGACGGCGGACUGGCCCGACUGGGCUCGGCCCCGGCUCACCACCACCUGGCCGGGUCCCCUGCGUGCUGGCAUGAGCCGCGCCUCCACCAUGUCCCCCAGCUAUGGCACCCGCUUCGGGGGGUACCCCGAGAGCCGCAGCCCCGCGCCCUUCCCCCGAGAGCCCUGGAAGGUGUGCGUCAACGUGCACAGCUUCAAACCCGAGGAGCUGACGGUCAAAACCAAGGACGGCUACGUUGAGGUGUCAGGCAAACACGAGGAGCAGCAGGUGGAAGGAGGGAUCGUCUCCAAGAACUUCACCAAGAAAAUCCAGCUGCCCUACGAGGUGGACCCCAUCACGGUCUUCGCCUCCUUGUCACCGGAGGGGCUGCUGAUCAUCGAGGCACCCCAGAUCCCUCCCUACCAGCAGUACGGCGAGGGCGGCUGCAGCAGCGAGAUCCCCGUAGAGAGCCAGGAGGCCACCUGUGCCUGACCGGCCACCCACGUCCCUCCCACGCCCCGGCAUCCCUCCUCCCUUCUCCCUCCUCUCCUUGGAUCCCCACUCCCCGGUCCCCUGCGGCAUGGCACCCGGUGAGGGCGAUGGGUGCCGCUGGCAGGGAUGGCAGCGCCUGCCACCCCACGGGGGACCAGCGAAGAGCUGGGGCAUGUGUGCCAUCCGCCGGGGCCACCGCCCUUGAGAGCUUGUAGCCGUCUGAGGUGCCAGUAGCGAUUUUUGUGCCCACAAGGCCGAGCAGAACGGAUGUUCUCACGACGGUUGUUUUUCUCUGCUCCGAGUGGCUCCGAUGAGAUAUUUAUAAUACUAGGAAAAAACAAAAAGCCCCCUUUUUUCCCUCUAGGACUGAGGUGGAACCCUGUAGCCCUGUGUCUUCUCCUUCUCCGUGGGUUUGAGGGGUUUUUUUUAGCUACAUCUCUGCAAAGGACACGCGUCCGGCGGCGGAGCUUGACGGCACAGCCUCUGUCCUGAGAAACGCAAACCGCCCGCGUGUUUGGAACAGUGGUCUGGGGGCUUGGGGGUUGUUGGGUUUUCUUCUUUGUUUUGUUUUGGUUUUUGUUUUUUUCCAAAGACAAUUUGUGCUUUUACUUGUCAGAUCUGAGGAAUAAAACCCAGUCGAUGUUCUUA